CUGUGGACUCCAGUGGACUCUGUGUACUCUAAGAGUACAGGAGUACGUCGUUUCCUCCUUGUUCCAAACGCAUUCAGAGAAGAAGAAAUAAAUAAUCGAAAAGUUAUCGAUCCGAUAAUGGAAUGUGAUUCGAUUACUAUAAUACAAAACAACUGUUCCAUUCCUUAUUUUCUGUUAAAACAAUGUUAAAUGAAAGAUUUUUGUGACAAACGAAUUUAAAGGAGUUUUGGCGUACAUGGGCUAGAAACUAGGAUCCAUUCCAUAUAGAUCUGGGCAAAACCAUUGAAUAUGCAUCACAAACCUUGACGAGCAUCUUGGAAAUUGUCUCAUUGUUGGUACAAAUAACAGCUAUGUCGUGUGUCACAUUUUAAUUUUGCAAGGUUUCCAUUAACAGCAUUUAUACUCUUCAAUUACAUAUCGUUUAUUUGUCUGAACAGCAAUAACAUAUAAAAAACAGAAUAAAACGAAACACAACGUUGUUUUCAGGUUGAAGUUCAACACCAUAGAAAUACAAUACUCAUGAUUGAUCCUAUCAAAUACCGAUAAAAUGAAGCCAAAGGUAAACUAUCUUUUUGUUUACUGUUAUCAAUUUUUCGAUAUUAAAUAAUUACUUGACGUCUCAUAUUUCUUUUCUUAUUUCCGAUAUUAAAAAGAGCUUCAAUUGUCUUUUCAUUAAUCAUUUACUUACAUAUAUUUACAACAUAUGAUGUUGUACUUCAGAAUCAUUUCUCUCUUGAUUGUAAUUUUCAUAUUACAUCCAGUUUAUAGUUCAUAUCGUUAUAUGGGUUGUUAUAUAAAUGCAUUUUAUAAUAGUUAUUUUAUAAGUUCAUACAUGGAACCAACAUUAUGUUUUCGUUUAUGUGAAACACCGAUAAUUUAUAUACAAGCCUCAAUAUGUCGAUGUUCAGGUGGAGGUCUAAUGGAUUAUAAUCGACAAAGAGAUAAAUUUUGCAGAAUAGCAUGUCCAAAGCCAGGUGAUCGUCGAUUUAAAAGUAAUAAUACAUGUGGUGGUUUAGGAACAUAUUCAGUCUACGUUGAAGAACAUUUUUAUACUCAACAUGCUGAGUUAUUUAACUAUCAAAUUCAAUUUGCAUCAUGUCAGUUAUGGAAUAGUUCUAGUUAUUAUGAUACAUUUCAAGUUAAAAUUGAUGAAUCAUCUGUUAAAUCAUCAUUGAAUAGAUUAGAACGAUGUGCAGUCGCAUGUCUUGAUCAAAAUACUACAACAAAAUCAAUAGGUAGGAGAAACAUUUAA